AUGGCUCUUGAAAGACUUGCUGAGCUCGAAUAUCCAAUUAAGUGGCUAGCUAAUGACCUUGAAAAUUCAACCAAUAAUGAUUAUUGUUAUGAUGGUGCUAAUAUUUGUAACAAGCUAUUAUCAAAUGAAGAAUUUAAAGUUGUAAAGGCUCUUGUUAAACUUUUAUAUCCAUUUGAUAAAGCCACAGAAAUUCUUUCCAGAUCAAAUUAUACUACAUUGAGUAUAAUAGUUCCAACAAUCGAAAAAUUAGUUUAUCGACUAAAUAAUACAGAUAGUGAUUUUGAUAUUAUAAAUAAGGUAAAAGAAGAAAUUUUAUCUAACCUGUCAAGUCAAUGGUCCCUGCUACAUGAUUAUGGAAUGUAUGUGUCUUUACUUGAUCCUCGAUUCAAGAAUCUAUCUUUCUGUUCAAAUCAGUAUGAUGAAUUUGUAGAGCAAACUGAAAUUGAUAAAUAUCUUGCACUUCCUGAAAUUGAAACAACAGAAGAAAAUAAUCUGGUAGUUUGGUGGAAGCAGCGAAGAUUAAAAUUCCCAAUUCUUUGCAUACUUGCAAAAAAAUACCUUGCAAUUCCCACUUCGUUUGUCCCUUCAGAAUGCUUGUUCUCAGAUGCUAGCAACUAUGUAACUCCCAAACAAAACUGA